GGUUGAUACAGCUUUGUUGAUGCUACGUGGAUGGGAAGUAGUUCUCGCGCUGUGCCGGAGGAAACCUAAACAAACAAUGCGUAGAAGUCCAGUUUAGAAACCGAGUAACGCGAAGGCAAAUAAAAUGUCGCCCAGUACGUCGUCUAUUUAUUUAUAUCAUCGAAUUUCAUUUUAGCCUUGGAUUAUGACAACUGCCAGCAAAUUGUCAGUUGUUUUGCGAGCAGAAUUAGCCACCAAGCUAAUGUGGACAACGGCCUAACAUAACAAACACAACCCACUUGCUUCGGCUUUUAGUGUGGAAUAAACCUGCUCUUAUUUGGGAUGCUUUUGGUAUUGUUGGGUUUUAUGUAGACGUUCACUGAGCUGUCACGCAACCAGCUGGAAGUCAAGCAAUAUGAGUUGGUUCAACGCGUCACAUCUGUCGAGUUUUGCUAAACAAGCGCUGACAACUGCUCAGAAAUCCAUCGACAGAGUUCUGGACAUCAAAGAAGAGGACCAGUGGGGGGACUCGACCGUACAGACCUGUACUGAUCCACCAGGCAAGCCAGUGUCAACAGGAUGGGGUAUGAACCAGUGGAACUCGCCCUCUGAGGAACAUACCAAAUCUGUCCCUCCAUCAUCCGAGGCCAUUACUAAGCCUGUCACACGGACAGUGGUUGACGAAUCUGAGGAUUUCUUCAGUGCCUUUCUGCCCCAUGGAGAAAUACAAUCUGUAAGCAACACUAAAGUGGUGUCUGUGCCACCGGCCAAGUCGAACCGCAGACUACGGGAAAAAGCAGACAAGGAGAAAGAGCUGGAAGUCAGUGAUGCGCAGGGUCAGACAGAACUCAGUAAACGCAGCAGCCUGGAAACUAUUGAGAUAAAGCCAGAUGAGACAGAGCUUCUGGAGCAAAAUUCAUUCUCGGCAGAUGAGCAGUCACAACCAGAACUGGUUGUUCCUGUUGUGUCUGUUGCACCAGAGCAAGCUGCUGAACACGAGAUCGGCAAAGACCAGACUGAGACUGAUGGAUUAGUUUUACCUUCAGAUGUCACACUCACAAAUGUACCUCUAUCAUCUUCUGAGGUUGAAUCUGCUGGAGUGUUUGAAGCAGUUUUGACCACCGAGACCAAAAAUUCAGUGAAAACCUUGCCUGUCCCUCCUAAAGAAAUCAUCUUAGAAUCCAAAGACGCUAAAUCAGAGGACAGACAAAGUAACACCCCGUCUCCCCCUGUUAGUGCCUUCUCUUCUGGUACUUCCACUACCAGCGACAUAGAGGUUUUGGACCAUGAGAGCGUGCUAAGCGAGAGCUCGGCCAGCUCCAGACAGGAGACUGCAGAGGCUAAAGCUGGACUCCACCUAAUGCAGGGCUCUUUCCAACUGCUCUCUGCUUCAACGUGUGCCGACUUCCCUCGUUUGGAUGAAUACCCAAAACUCACUGAAAGCAGCGGCUCAUCGUCUGAUGCCUUUGAGCGGAUAGACUCGUUUAGCAUGCAGUCGUUGGACAGCCGUAGUGUCAGCGAAGUGAAUUCUGAUGAUGAGAUCCCGGGCAACCACACCUUAGCUUCCAUCACGGCUGGAGAUUUGCCCCCUCCUGCUCAGACAGCACCACAGACCAGUCAGAAUGAAGAGGAGGUUAUGACAGAGUCAGUAAAUGACCAGUUUCUGGAUGAUAAUGAGAUGGAGGAAAGUGGCCGCAGUGCAACGCCAGUGAACUGUGAGCAGACAGAUGAGCUGCAGGACCAGGGACCCGAAACUGACCUCACAUUGACUAGCCAAAAAUCUGAUAUGAAUGAAACUGUAAUAUCACAGAGUACUGAGGAGAAACAAGGAGAUUCACCCUGUCAGAUUUCUGAGCUCCAAAAGAUUAUCGAGGAGCUCUCUAGUCGACUGGAGAAGAGAGAAUCACAGUUGCUUGUGGUCAGUAAAGACAAGGCCAGACUAGAGGAGGAGUGUGACAAUCUCAAAGAUGAGAUGAUCAGCUUGAAGGAAGAAAGUUUUACUGUACACUCUUUAAAAGAUGAGUUCACUCAGCGUAUAGCUGAAGCUGAGAGGAAAGCUCAAUUUGCCUGCAAGGAAAGAGACAUCGCCAAAAAGGAAAUUAAGGGCCUUAGAGAAGAGCUGGCGAGCAGAUUGAAUUCAAAUGAGACUUUGGAACUGAUAAGAGAGAAGGAGGAACAGAUCCGAGAGCUGCUUGAAGAAGGUGAGAAACUGUCCAAGCAGCAGUUGCAGCACUCCAACAUCAUAAAGAAACUGCGUGUGAAAGAGAGAGAGAGUGAUGCACAGAUCACCAAACAGACCAAAAAACUGAAGGAACAGGAAGAAGAGCUGAAACACUUGCAGCAGGUUUUGGAUGGUAAGGAGGAAGUAGAAAAGCAACACAGAGAGAACAUCAAGAAGCUGAAUGCUGUGGUAGAGCGUCAGGAGAAAGAAUUGAGUAAACUGCAGACCAGCAGCGAGGAGCUUCAGGAAAACAACCGCAGUUUGCAAGCAGCCCUCGACAGCUCCUACAAAGAGCUUGCGGAGCUGCAUAAGGUCAACGCCACCAAGGAUAGUGAAGCCCAGGAGCUAGCUCUGAGCAGAGAGGUACAGGCGAAGGAAGAGCUGAGCCUGGCUUUGGAGAAAGCCCAAGAAGAGUCCCGCUUGCAACAAGAGGCACUGGCUCAUCAGGUGGCAGAUCUGAGGCUGGCUUUACAGAGAGCUGAGCAGCAGCAGGCCAAGAAGGAAGAUUACCUGAGGGAGGAGAUCAGUGAGUUACAGCAGAGGUUACAAGAAGCGGAGACCAGAAACCAGGAACUAAGUCAAAGUGUCACAUCUGCAACACGGCCUCUCCUUCGACAGAUAGAGAACCUCCAGGCAACGCUUGGGGCCCAGACAGCAUCAUGGGAAAAACUAGAGAAGAACAUCUCUGACCGCUUAGCUGAUGCCCAAGCCCAGCUGGCUGUUUCCGUAGAGAAAGAGCGUUCGGCUACAGAGGAGCUGCUAGCCAUCCGAGCACAGAUAUCAUCUUUAGAGUCUCAGGCUUCUCUGUUGAGGCAAGAGAAGGGACGUCUGCAGGGGCAGCUGGAUGCAGAGAGGACGAGACGGGAAAAAUUUGAGGAUGACUUAAGCAGGGAGCGUGUAGAGCUGGAGAAUCUUAAAGGAGAACAUGCUCGAGUAUCGGAGGAGGCCAAGAAGGAGAAGUUGCUUCUCACCAACCAACUUGAAAUGGAGAAAAUGAAGGUGGAGCAGGAGAAGAAGAAAUGUUACCUUGCACAAGAGGCCCUCAAAGAAAAGGAGAGGAAGUCUCUAAGUCUGUCUGUGACUGAUGCUCCAGCAUCCUCCACUCCUUCACUGUCCCGUUCCAGUUCUGUCAGUGGGGCUGAGCAUGCCGGCUUACCUUCCUCCCUUUUCUCACAGCAGGAGGAUUCUCUCGACCAUUCUUUCAGCAGUAUGACCAUGUCUAUCAGUGGGACUAACCUAUAUGAGGCGGCUCGACUGGGUGGCGGAUCCAGUGUCAUUGAGAGCCUGCAGUCUCAGCUCAAACUCAGAGAGGGCGAGAUUGCCCAGCUGCAGAUGGAGAUUGCUAGUCUAGAGAGAAGCCGCACUGUCAUGGCAGAAGAACUUGUGCGACUGACCAAUCAGAAUGAAGAAAUGGAGAGUAAAGUGAAGGAAAUCCCUAGAAUGAAAGUGCAACUGAAGGAUCUAGAACAGAGGCACAACACAAUUCUGCAGAUGUAUGGAGAGAAGGCAGAGGAGGCAGAAGAGCUGCGUCUGGACCUACAGGAUGUGAAGAACAUGUACAAAACUCAAAUAGAUGAACUAUUAAAAAAUCAAAAAUAAUAGACUCUGCAAAUGGACUGGCACACACCGACUGUAAACAGAACUACACAUUUCAAGAGUGUUGGUAAUAAAAGACCAAUUAAUUUAAAUGUAUUUAAUUCUGAGAGAAGAGUUUGUUCAAGAUAUUUCAAGGAUCAGUGAUAUAGUGAUAUAAGUUAUUUAGUUAUUCCUCUCAUGGUUUGUUCAGUUUUAUUUGAAAUUAUAUAUAUAUAUAUAUAUAUAUAUAUAUAUAUAUAUAUAUAUAUAUAUAAAAUUAAUAAACAUGUUUGGUUUAAGAAACUUUAUUAUUAUCUAUUCGUGUAUGGCUGUUCAGGUAUGUUGGUUUCAUAACUCUUGAAUUUGCACAAUGAAGUGAGACUUUAUUAGUUCAGACUUUACACGAUUGAAUUAUAAUCGGAAUUAAUGACUGGCUAUAUUUUCUUCUGAUCUUCAUUCUCUGGACUGUGCAUCUUACUGGUAAGCAUUUGAUUUGCUGUUGGCUGUCUCUUUUCAUUGUAGACAAAUAAAUAUGCUUUCCAGUUAACUGUGGAGUACCACAAACCCUUAGUAGUCCAGUCGAGUUUUGCACUUGUUUUUAUCUCAUCUCACGCUGAUUGAGUUUUAGCGAGGAGGGAUGUGGGAGGAGAUGAUCUCUGUAAAUCAAAAAUUACAGUCAAGACUGCCUGAUGUCAGUUUUAUGCACACAUGUAAAUAAAGUAAGAGAUAUGUAU